AUGACGACACUUCGAGCUUUCACGCAGAUUCGCUUCAACACAGUCAAUUUCUUUCAGCGACGAACACAACAAGAAUUGUGGAAGACGAUUCGCUCGGUGUCGAAAUCGGGAGAGAAAAAAGGACGUCGAUCAACUCGUCAGCCAGAAAGACCGCUGCAUAGAUUCUACAGAAUUGGAGCCGGACCACUCCGCGUGCAAUUCCCCGGCUUAAAUGCUCCAUUAGAGGUGAAAGAAGAGCAACCGAUGAAAAUCAUUGAACAAACUCCAGAAGAAAUGAAGGACGGUCAACUGGCAAUCAGAAAGCAACUCGAGGAAAGAGGAAAAACAAAGAAACGCAACAAGGAAAAGCUACAUCCACUCGAAAGAGGAUUUUCAGGAAAUCAAGUUGUUGGUCAAAAGCUUGGCCCACCUCCAAAUGUUGAAGGAGCAAACCUUGAGAAUUUUCAAUCCUACUGCUUGGAGAUUAAACGAACCUCAAAUAUGACGGGAGUCUUCGGACGUGUUCAUACGAUGUCUGCAUUGGUUAUAACGGGAAAUGGACAAGGAUUGGCCGGUUAUGCUGUUGGAAAGGCCCCGUUACAUCGUACUUCAGUUGCCAUCAUUAAAGCUAUGGGAAUGGCCUCGAGAAGGCUUUUUUUUGUGGAGCUACUGGAAAACCGCACAAUUUAUCAGGAUUUUUACGCCGAGUGUCGAAACACACGCGUUUUUGCUCAACGACGACCACCGGGCUUUGGGAUUGUUUGCCAUCCACGAUUGAUCAGGAUAUGUGAGGUCAUCGGCAUUAAGGACAUUUACGUGAAAGUUGAGGGUUCAACAACGAAUUAUUUGGCGCUAACUCAUGCUUUUAUCACGGGACUUCUCAAUCAAGAAACUCAUCAACAACUUGCUGAUCGUAAAGGAUUGCAUGUGGUGGAGAUGGAUCCCAAUCGGCAUUUUCUUCCACAAAAGGUGGCGUCACCGAUGCAAAGUGCCGUUAAAGCCGAAGAUGAACUGACUGAGAUGGAUCGUUUGAAUUUGGACGAUUUCUACGGAGAAGGGCGAUAUCCGCUGAAAAAACAAAAGCCACCUCCAUUCUACGCGAAUCUACCGGAACACCUUGAAGCCGAAUGGCGGAAACAUCCAUUCAGAAAUCAGAAAGAUGUGAUGGUUCGUUUGUUAGCUGAUGGAAUGGUGCCUCGCUGGACCCGAACGGCCCGACGAGAAGUUGCUGAGGAGAAAUCUCGAUUGAUGGAACAAGGGGUGAUUCCCAUUCCAACAGGGAUCGGAUUGUCACGCAUAAUUCCAAAGAAGGAAGGGAAU